UAUAACAAAAGAAUAAGGAUAUUACAAGAUAUUACAAAUAUGGAUAUUUUGAAGUUAAAGCUCGUUUUGAAACAUAUUAAUACCAGUAUAGUCGAUUCCAUAAAUAAAAUUUCUACAAAAUCAUUAAUAUAUACUAAAUCGAAAGAAUUUUCAACAGGUAGUUUAUUGCGAGUUAAAGAACCAGAGGCAAAAGGUGAGAAAAGAGAAUCAAUAAGAAUGAAACAAUUUCAUAAAAAAUUAAAAUUGCAACCUAUACCUAGGGUACCUCCAAAAGAACGUUUUGUGGACUUAGUACUAGUGGAAACUGAUCCAAAUAAUGGAGAACUAAUAACAAAUAGCGAAAAAGAUCCAACAAAGUGGGGGGAUUGGCAAAAUGGUGGGCGGGUGAGCGACUUUUAAUUCAAAAUUCUCAUUUCAAGAUAUAAAUAUAUAAAAUAUAAUGAAGUAACACUUGAUUCGUUUAAAUUUA